UUUCUACUUCACAAAACAUUGAAAAGUAACUUUAAUUAUGGCUUACGUGCGAGAUACCACUUUAUCAUCAAAAUCGACGUUAUAACAUCAAGUAAUGCUGUGUAAUUGAAAACGUUAAUACAAUUAGUAAAUUGUGUACGAUAGCAAGGAAAUAUCUUCAUUUUGUCAGCACUAUCAAAUAACAUGACUGUUGAAAGGAGCAGUGAAAAUUUAUCUAAAAAACCUGUAAAAAGUCAGAAAAAUUAUACGCGUUCUCAUCAUAGACAUAUGCUGACCGAAGAUUCAAUGACGGAUUCCUCCGGACAUUUACAGCCAGGAUAUCCUUCCGCUGGACAUCUUAGCAGCCAGUCAUCUGGGCUGCAACCAGGAUAUCAUUCAUCCAGUCACUUGCUACCUGGAAAUCAUGUGUCACAUGUUCGUGCAGGAUCUUUCAAGGUCGCUGGUGAGUUAAAGUCACGUCAGACUGUGUCGGAAUCUCGUCAAGUAAAGGAUGACAGUAGCAGACGUGGAAGUGUAACUUCCGGAACACAACCUAGUUACCUGUCUGUGUCGUUUGACGAUGUUCGUGAUGGACGAGAAGGCAAAGACAGUUCCAUAAGGCGAGUUAGAUCAUUCAAAACGACUUCGAAAGGAGUAGUCAACAGAGGUGAUUCCUUCAGGAAGAAGGGAGGUCGUAAUUCUGGCAGUACCAAUAUCACACAUUCACGUGACAAUGUCGGCCAUGGUGGUGGCAGCACGCGACCUUUCCCGCUCAUGACACCACGUGUUACUACGCAGACGUCAAUCUCCGGCAACGCCUCUUAUUUUAAGGUGCUUGUCCUAGGCGCCACAGGGGUCGGAAAGUCCUCAAUCACACAACAGUUCAUGACGUCUGAAUAUGUUGCUUUCGACAAUUCUAUGGAUAGGGACGAGGAGGAAAACACGGUAUCUGUUCUUCUCAACGGCGAGGAGUCAACAUUAGAAUGUAUAGAUGGAUUGGACCCGGAAUACGAUCUAGAGGACUUCCGAGCUGAUGCCUACAUCGUGGUAUUCUCAAUUGCCCAUCGGGACACCUUUGAUGCAGCUACUGUCAUACUGAAUGAACUUUUGUAUGACAUCGGCACAGAUAGGACUGUUAUACUUGUUGGCAACAAGGCUGAUCUGGUCAGAAAACGAAAAGUAACAACCGAAGAGGCUCUCUCUGUCGCCUUACAAUACGACGCCAAAUACACUGAAACGUCCGCUGCUCUGAACCAUCACGUUGAUGAACUGUUGGUAGGCAUGCUCAGUCAGAUCAGAUUUAAACUCAACCCAUCACUUCCGGAACCUGUUUUAGCUGUUGAGUCGAAGAAAUCCAGUAUCUCUAGAAUGUCAUUUAAGGGACCAUUCGAUCUAUUGAGUCGUUUAUUCGGACGUGGAAGUCGAAAGGCUGGAAAACGAAAUUACAGCAAAACGUCUCAGCGCUGAAGUCAACUAUAGGAGUUUUGUGAUAGACAUGGAAUGGAAGAUGCAGGUGCUGUUAUGUAUUUACAGUUGACAACCAAAUUGGACAGAUCGUUUCAGCAAGCUGUAUAUAGUGCUAAUGAUGAGAGGUAGAGCGUUUAAUAUGUAUAUUGUAUCAUAAACACUUUUAUAUUUACAUUGUUAGUGUUGACUGGGUAGAUCAGUUCAGUGCCUUAAGGGAGUGAGCGAGUCUGAAAAACUUUAUAUUUUUGAUGUUGUAGUUUACAUUUCGUCAACAUUUCUUCAUGGUCGGAAUAUUUUUAUUCAUAAUUUGGACGUUUCAAACGUAUACAAACAACAUUGAUUAUUUCGACCGCAGUUAGAUUGUAAACCUAAUUAAGUACGCCGUCAUAGACCUAUAGACUUCAGUAUUCUGUAUAUGACAUAUCUGCUUACACAGAAUGUAAAAUCUUAUGGAAACUAGAGCCCAAUGUGACCUAUAUCUUUGUAUGUAAACUGUUGCUUCCUAUCAUUUUGGCACAUGCUUUGUAUCUUAUAUGCACGAACAAGUGUAAAUAACCACGGAGACUAGACAAGCGUUUUCGGGAUUGUCGUUUCUCUUGCUUUUCUUGUCGUGAUAUGACUGUUUUUAAAGAAGAAAUUUGAUGAUACUUCAAGGAACGCCAGCAGAUAAAAAUAUCAAAUGAACUUACUUAUUUAUAUUUUUUUACCUAAUUUCCUCAACCUGUUAGUCUUUGCCACACGUCUAUCGCUUUAUCGUAUGUAGACAUUUAACACGAUGAAAACAAUUAAGACUUAAAAAGUAAACAUUGGAUUGUUAACGCCUCAAUCAGCAAACUUGAAAGCACUUGAUAUCUAACUGCUAGGAAAAAAUCUUUUGUACAGAAUUUCGCCCUUAGGGACCCAUUUGAAAUAUAAUUAAUAAAAUGGUAGAAUCGAGAAAAUAGAUAAUAACUGAUAAUUGCAGCAUUUAGUAGGAAAAUCAUACAAUUUUGUCGAUGAAAAUACAAUGUUUUAACAAAGUGUAGUUCAAGAUGAGACCAGGUUUUACGUGGUGUGCCCAAUGUCAAGUAUUAUGUAAAAUAAAAUACAUAGCUAAUGGAACUACUAACUGUAGAUAUAUAUACGAUCUUGCCUAAGUUUCCAUUAUCUACAUUACAAUACCAAACGAACAUAAAACUUUCUUUAUUUAAGUGAGUUUUAUACAUCACGUUUCAACUGGAAACUUAUUUAAGGCAUUUUUUAAUCACAUUGUCGAUUUUUCAAACAAAUAGGCAGAAAUAAGACACUUCUUUGUCACAUCUGAAGUCAAUAUCUAUGGUCUCCAUUGUCACGUGACAUGCCAUGUGUGAAUAUGUAAUGUAAUUUUAUUACGUCAAGUGACGUCACAACAAGGUAUAUUACACAUUUAUAAUAUAUUGAUAUAUGACAAGGGUACAUCCACUGAAUAAUAAGGCAAUCGUGAUAAGUAUAUAUAUCUAUAUUUCAUCACAUCAACCAUAAGAGAGUUUGCAAGAAUUGCAAUUAAAUAAAGGAAUUGUUUUAUCUGUGAUCGUUCAGUUGAGAGGGUUUUAUUGUACAUUUGUUUAGUAAUACAAUACUCAAGCAAUACGUUUUAAUUAAACUUACAUGUCAGUAACAUUGUCUUAAUGAAAAUAAAUGUUACCCCUAUGAUAGAAGUAGAAUUCAAAUUAGAACAACUUUUGCGUGACACAACAGCUGUACAGUCGGGACCAGUUAAACUACAGCAUACCAGCCAUUUGAAACCAAUGCUUGUAGUUUUGUAGUUUUUUUUUAUAAGAAUAUGCAAUUCAUUGGGUUACAACAAUUUUGUAGACAGUGUAUCCAUGCAUCAACUGAUAUAUGAUAUAGUAAGAUCUGUAAUUUGGCAAAGCACUAUUUGUUUCAACGUUCAUUGACAUAUACACACUGUGAAUAUGAAGGGGCCUACCUUAAAUAUCUUCCGUUGGUUCGAUUACUGGUGUGGCCUUCAAUGUGGAAAUACAAACCUUUUUGUUGCAUAAAUUACACCAGUAGAAGUAAAACAAAAUUACGUUUACGUGGCAAUAUUAUGGUCAUGUUGUAUUGAAUUGUAUAAUUACACUGAAAAAGUCGCGUGUUCAUCGGAAAUGUUUCCUGUAAUGAACUUAGCAAAACUGUUGCUGAAACAUUCAUUGUUUUAUUUAUAUGUUAAUCAUACUUAACAACUGGUUAGUGUUGUUGAACAGUUCGAGUAUUCGUAUCAAAUUAAGACAUCAGAUGAUGCUGAACGAAUUUAUAUUUUUUAAAAAGUAUUGUAAUUUAGAUAAAUUACGUUUUGUCCGUUUUGACACAUGUUAUUUUGAAACAUUUCUGUGGCAAGAGGGCGGAAGUGGUUGGUUAUGUCUUAUAAACAAUGUUUACGAAAAUAUGUUGUAUUGAAAUGUAUUGUUUACAAACACAGCUGUAUAAAUUCUAUCAUUUUAAAAUAACGUAUAACUAAAACAUAUUUUCAUUUGUGGAUUUGUAUACUAUUAGUUUUGGGAACAUCGCUUCAUUUUGAAAAUUUGAUAAAGGUUUGUGUCUAAUGUAAUGUUGAUAAACUGGCGUAAAUGUAAGAAUAUAUCAAAACGAUAUGGGUGUAACCGAUACACAAUAUAUAAUGAAAUGCAAUUUUAAAUGUUGUGUAGUUCUAUAUAUAACAUUAUUGAUGACCGGAAAAUCUUCUAUCGUUAAUGCUGUAAGUCCAAUAGAUUAAAACUCUUAAAUGACAUUGCCCUCGAAGAAGAGUUCAAUGUCAGGAAGGCUGGCAACCUACAAAUGAGAAUGGUUCGUCACAAUACAGUAUUGAUCUCCUUGGUCUCCUAAUAAACACACGAGUUUAGACCCACCUAAGAGGUCAUUGGUUUGUGAUAUGUUUGUAUAUUUUGAUAAAUCAUAGAUAUUCAACUUGUAGAAUAUAUACUGGUGCAAAUAGUUCACUUUGUUUUGGUUUUUAUUUAUCGUUUCAAGGCUAUUUACUGUCAGGUAUUAUUGAGUGACUAAUAUUGUCACAAAGAAAUGAUUUUGAACAAAUACACAGCAAGACCUGAUACAUCGUAAAACGGAAAUGAUAUGGUGCAAUUAUAAAGCAACAUAGAAACUUUGUUAAAACCAAAACAUUAUAAAAACUUUAGUGUUUUAUAGCAUAUAUUAAAUAUACAGAGAAAUGGUUGUUAAUUUAUAUCAAAAGUGAAGGAUAUGUACAUGUAUAGUAAGUAUACAGAAGUUGAUAGUUCAGAAAUGCUGUACAACAAAUGCAGAUAUAAAGCAGUGACUGGAUAGGAUAAUAUCAAUUGUUAUAAGUUCGGGAUUCAUGGUCCUGGAAACAUUAUUUAACGCCAUAUAUUGCACAACAGGUGAAACAUAAGAUUUGUUUAGCUAUUUUUACGUAAAUAUAGGUAUAUAAACAAAGUGAUCAUAAAAAUCAACAACGUGCUUAGCAGAAGGGUUCUGUAAAAAUGUACACAAAUGAUGUCUUGAUAAAUGUAAAUAUAUACAUAUUAAAGCAGAAAAAGUACCUGUU